CCCCUCCAGCUUCAGGCGCGUCUCAUUCCUCUCCCGACUUCUGUGACUUUCGGGACUUGCGUGUUACUGUCUUACCUCUUGUCCCCAUCGCCCUAUCAUAACCUUUGAGAUCGUCUCCUUCAAACCCCAAUCAAGUCAGGAGAGAGACAUCAUUCGUCUGUCUCGUCACCGCUGCCUUAACCGCUCAUCGAUCAGAGUGAGGUCAUUCACUGCACCUAUCGCUUGCACCGUUGGAGACCCGCCUUCAAGACUCGAACCUGGGUGUUCAAACACAAGAUGCCGGCUCUUAUCCCUCAGACGCCUCACAAGGAUGAUCUCGAUGAAACAUGGGCGUUCUUGGAGAAGGGCAUCGACAGUGUGAUGCUGAAACUAGAGGAAGGAGUUGAUAUGAAAACUUAUAUGGCCCUUUACACAGCGGUCCACAACUUUUGCACAUCACAAAAAGCUGUUGGUAGCGGUACGGGUUUACAGGCUCAUCGCGGCGCUCAUCUCCUCGGCGAGGAACUGUAUAAGCUGCUCGGCGAAUACCUCUCACGCCACCUCGACGCCGUGAACAGAGAAUCCGAGAGUCAUGCUGAGGAAGCUCUACUGGGAUUCUAUAUCCGCGAAUGGCUUCGCUACACUACGGCCGCCAAAUACAUCAAUCAUCUAUUCCGCUACUUGAACAGACAUUGGGUAAAGCGUGAAAUCGACGAGGGUAAGAAAAAUGUCUACGAUGUCUACACCUUGCACUUGGUGAAGUGGAAAGAGGACUUCUUCCUGAAGGUCCAUCAGAAGGUGAUGGACGCAGUAUUGAAUCUGGUUGAAAAACAACGCAACGGCGAGACGAUCGAGCAGUCACAGAUCAAGAGCAUUGUCGAUUCGUUUGUCUCCCUUGGCCUCGAUGAGAGUGACAGCACGAAGUCGACGCUUGAAGUUUACCGGAUCCACUUCGAGAAGCCCUUCAUCGCCGCCACCAAGGUCUACUAUGAGAAUGAAUCGCGUCAGUUCGUCACCGAGAACAGCGUGGUCGAGUACAUGAAAAAGGCAGAAGCUCGCUUGGAGGAAGAAAAGGCCCGUGUCGGCCUAUACUUACACCAGGAUAUUUCUAAGCAUCUGACGGACACUUGCCUGGAGGUGCUGGUCACUGCUCACUCAGAACUUCUCCGAGACGAAUUCCAGGUUCUGUUGGACAACGAGCGCCAGGAUGAUUUGGCCCGAAUGUACCGACUGCUCUCGCGCAUCAAGGAGGGCUUGGAUCCCCUUCGCACGAAGUUCGAGGCACAUGUGAGGAAGGCUGGUUUGGCCGCCGUCGAGAAGGUGGCCGCCGAUGGCGAGACAUCAUUUGAGCCAAAAUCGUACGUGGAUGCGUUGUUGCAGGUACAUACCAGAUACCAGAGUUUGGUCAGCGAGGCGUUCAAUGGAGAAUCUGAGUUUGUUCGGUCUCUGGAUAAUGCUUGCCGAGAGUUUGUCAACCGCAACAAGAUCUGCAAGUCCGGAUCCACAAAGACUCCUGAGUUGCUUGCGCGCUAUACCGACUCGCUACUCAAGAAGGGAUCGAAGGCUGCGGAGGAGUCGGAAUUGGAGGAGAUGCUGGUGCAGAUCAUGACUGUCUUCAAGUACAUCGAGGAUAAGGAUGUCUUCCAGAAGUUUUACUCUAAAAUGCUUGCCAAGCGUCUGGUACAUGUCAGCUCCGUGUCCGACGACGCAGAGACCAGCAUGAUCAGCAAGCUCAAGGAGGCGUGCGGUUUUGAAUACACCAACAAGCUACAACGCAUGUUCCAAGAUAUUCAGAUCUCGAAGGACCUUAACGCCAGUUAUCGGGAUUGGCAGGAGAAGGUCCUCGACGAGGAUGAUCGGAGGAAGCUGGUAGACUCACAUUUCCAGAUCCUAGGAACUGGAUUCUGGCCUCUCAAUGCGCCUUCUACCGACUUCCUUGCACCACCUGAGAUUGUCAAGACUUCUGAGCGCUUCCAAAGCUUCUACUUUGACAAGCACAAUGGCCGAAAGCUGACAUGGCUCUGGCAGCUAUGCAAAGGUGAAAUCAAAGCCAACUACAUCAAGAAUACCAAGGUGCCGUACACCUUCCAGGUGUCUACAUUCCAGAUGGGAAUCCUCUUACUUUUCAACGAGCACGACACCCUCACCUACGAAGAUAUUCAAAAAGCCACGUCCCUCUCUCCCGAGAUUCUCGAUCCCAAUUUGAGCAUUUUCCUCAAGGCCAAGGUUCUGACUAUCAGUCCCGACGGAUCGAAGCCAGAACCUGGAACGUCAUUCACUCUGAACUAUAAUUUCAAGAACAAGAAGAUCAAGGUUAAUCUGAACAUCCAAAUCAAGUCGGAGCAAAAGGUUGAGUCGGAUGAUACGCACAAAACUAUCGAAGAGGACCGUAAGCUUCUACUCCAGUCUGCUAUUGUCCGUAUCAUGAAGUCGCGCAAGAAAAUGAAGCACGUACAACUUGUCCAAGAAGUGAUUCAACAAGUCAAGUCUCGCUUCCCUCCCAAGGUCCCCGAUAUUAAGAAGAAUAUCGAGGCUCUGAUGGAGAAGGAUUACAUCGAACGAUUGGACGGGGACGAGAUUGCUUACAUUGCAUGAAGUAUCUGCUGCCGCGACCUUCCGGUUCCCAUGCUAUCUAUCACUCUGUCCCCCCUUUCUCUGUUACUCCCCGUGUGUCCUCUUAGCGCGGUAUCGAUUAUCCUCACAUUUUGAUUUUAUUUACGCCAGGUUUCGUCGAACCAUGGAGGAUGGGAUAUUUUGUAUUUCUCUCAUAGCGCUGCUACCACAAAUGAUAACCCAGAUGAUGCUUCUAGAUAGGAUGAUGUUUUGUCAUUUGUCUCUUGAUCGCCUCCUAUAUUUCGCUUUGAGAUGUGAAUCGCAACC